AUGUCCAUGAUCUGGCCAAGUUCACCCAGCUCAACUACACCGGUUUCCAGAAGAUCAUCAAGAAGCAUGAUGUGCAAAAACACCAGCUGGGUGCUCAAGCCCGUCUUCGCCGCCCGCCUCAAGCGCAAGCCCUUCUUCCAAGACAACUACGACUCGUACGUCGUCAAGCUUUCGAGACUCUACGACAUUGUCCGCACCCGAGGCAACCCCAUCAAGGGCGAUUCGUCGGCUGGAGGAAAGCAGCAGAACUUUGUGCGCCAGACGACCAAGUACUGGGUGCAUCCCGACAACAUCCUCGAGCUGAAGCUCAUCGUGCUCAAGCACCUCCCCGUCCUCGUCUUCAACCCUAACAAGGAGUUCAACGAGGAGGAUUCGGCCAUCACCUCCAUCUACUAUGACAACACGGACACAUGGGAGCUGUACCAAGGCCGUCUCAAGAAGACCGAAGGCGCAGAGGCGAUCCGUAUGCGCUGGUACGGAGGCAUGUCGAGCGAUACCAUCUUUGUCGAGAGGAAGACGCAUCGAGAGGACUGGACUGGCGAGGAGUCUGUCAAGGCGCGCUUCAAGCUCAAGGAGAAGAACAUGAAUGCCUACCUCCGCGGCGAACUCAUGCCCGAGCAAAUCUUCGAAAAGGAGCGCAGGGAACAGAAGCGGCCUGAAAAGGACAUUGCGGCCGAUGAGCAGCUUGCCCGUGAGAUCCAGUAUCGUGUCUUGACCCGCAAGCUGGUACCCGUCACCCGUUCAUUCUACCACCGCACCGCCUUUCAGCUUCCUGGGGAUGCCCGCGUCCGCAUCUCCCUCGACACCGAGCUUACCAUGAUACGCGAGGACAAUCUCGACGGCAAGACGCGCGCAGGCGACAACUGGCGCCGCAUGGACAUUGGUGUAGACUGGCCCUUUAAGCAGCUUCCCAAAGAAGACAAGGAGCUCUUCCCCUACGCCGUCCUCGAAGUCAAGCUGCAAACCCAAGCCGGCGGCGAACCUCCCCAGUGGAUCCGCGAUCUCACCUCUUCUCACCUCGUCGAAGCCGUGCCCAAGUUCUCAAAGUACAUUCAUGGCACCGCGACCCUGAAUCCGACCAGGAUUAACCUCAUCCCCUAUUGGUACCCGCAAAUGAACGUCGACAUUCGCAAGCCCGUCAGCCAUAAAUUCGGUAUCGAGCGUCCAGGCGCGAGUAACGAGAUCAGCACGUCUGGCACUCUGGACGAUGAUAGCGACGACGAAGAUGCAGAUGCCAUGGGCAAUCUCCCGCCAGCCAACAGCAGCGACGAGCAACUCCGCCGCCUCCGCGAAGCGCGCGACGUGAUGGAACAGAACGAAAUGGCACGCACGCAGAAUUACGGGACCCUUACCAAUGCCAAUGACCCCAAUGCGCUGGACAUUGAGGAACGUGUUGCAGCCGGCCGAGCGAGGGACAACGACUAUCCCAUCUAUGACUCUGACAGCGACGAUGAGGAGGAUGAGUUUGAAAUUGCGAGACGCGAGGGGGGCAUGAAGUAUGCACAAAAGUGGGUGGAACGCAAGGCGGCAAGUCUAGGUAAUGCCAUAAUCAACGGUCUCGUAGCCAUAAUUCCAAAGCCUACACCUACCGAUGUGGGCGACGGCGGAUUCAGCCUCGGUGUACCAACUUGGAAACAACAAGGAGAAGUCAAACGCUUCAAGGCACCAAAGGGGAAACGCAUCCACGUCCCCGUCCGCGUCGAACCCAAAGUCCAACUCGCAACCGAACGCACCUUCCUCUCCUGGCUCGAAUUCUCCAUCCUCAUCGGCUCCAUUGCCGCCACCCUCCUCAACUUUGGCGACCCCCUCACUCUGGCCGCUGCAUGGGCGUUUACAGCCGUGGCGGUCAUUGCGCUGACCUACUCUGCCGGCCUGUAUCUGUGGCGCGUGGCCAAGAUUCGGGAACGCAGGGCCGUUGUGUAUCAUGACAAGUGGGGACCGACGCUGCUCUGUUUGGGCUUGUUUGCGGCGGUGAGUGUGAGCUUUGGGUAUCGGUUUGGGAAGGGGGGGAUUGAGGGUGGAUUGAAGGGAUGA